CUGAGGGUAGCUUUAGAUCUCUACUCUACUAAUCUUCCCAAUUUUCACGCACUGUAACAUAUCGCCACAGAAGCGAUCACACAGAGCUUUCUCUUUCUAAAACCUCUCCCCCCUCUCUCUCUCACUAAUGGCUGAAUCUCGCCGGCGAAGAUGAAGAUCACUGCCAAGACUGACCUCGCGGCGAUUCUCUCUUCCAGAGCCCUAAACAUUCCACCGGACUCGGAUCUUCUUCACAAGCCGACCUCUCGCAGACCGCCACGCCGGAAAACAAGGAACUCCGGCUUAUCCGGUGACGGAGUGCGGUUGAGGAUAGACGGAACUCCGGUGGGGAAGCGGAGUAGACCUGAGACUCCUCUUCUCCGGUGGAAGUUCAAGGAUGGAGAGAAAGGAGUCGGUGUUAAGGACGAGAGUUCGCCGCCUGAGUUUGGUCGGAGAAGUGCGCGGGGAGUGGGGAGAGGUGCAGAAGUUGUGGUCUCGGCGAGGAAGCUCGCCGGCGGACUCUGGCGGUUACAGUUGCCGGAGGUUGCAGCCGAUGGUGCCGAAAGGCAUUGUCUGCCGAAGAACAAUCAGUCUUUGCCGGAUCAUGCAGGCGUCCCGUUUCUUGGUUAUCACAAUAGCAAAGUGUGUGGUUCUGAAGUGAAUGAUCCGAUACAGAGCCCUCAUUCUGUAUCUGGUUCAAGAAAAGGAUUUUUGUCUAAGCUUGAACCUUCAUUUCAAUUUUCUAACUCUGCUUUGGAGGGGGCAACAAAGUGGGACCCUAUAUGUUCAAAAACGUCAGAUGAGGUUCAACAGGUUUAUGACCACUCAAGGAAAAUAAACCAGCAAGUGACUGCUGUCUCAGUGAUAUCUACACUAAAGGUGGAACUUGAGCAAGCUCAAGCCCGUAUCACUGAACUUGAGACUGAUAGGCGGUCCUCAAAGAAAAAACUCGAACACUUUUUAAGGAAACUCAGUGAGGAAAGGGCCACGUGGCGGAGCAGAGAACAUGAGAAAAUCCGUGCAAUCAUUGAUGACCUCAAAGCUAACUUGAGCGUCGAGAGGAAAAAUCGACAAAGGAUGGAAAUUGUUAAUUCCAAAUUGGUCAACGAACUGGCUGAUGCCAAGUUAGUAGCAAAACGCUUUAUGCGGGACUAUGAGAAGGAGCGGAAGGCCAGAGAAUUGAUAGAGGAAGUAUGUGAUGAACUUGCCAAGGAAGUUGGAGAUGACAAGGCUGAAGCUGAAGCAUUGAAGAGGGAAUCCAUGAAACUCCAUGAGGAUGUGGAAGAGGAGAGGAAAAUGUUGCAGAUGGCCGAGGUGUGGCGUGAGGAACGUGUUCAGAUGAAGUUAAUUGAUGCAAAAGUGAUGCUUGAAGAGAAGUACUCUCAUAUGAACAAGCUCGUAGCAGAUCUGGAGGCUUUUCUAAGUUCAAGAAGUGCAACCCCAGAUGUGGAGGAGAUGAGAAUAGGAGAGUUCCUUCGACAGGCUGCUGCCUCAGUGAAUAUUCAAGAUAUCAAGGAAUUUACUUAUGAUCCCCCGAAUCACGAUGACAUUUUUUCUGUUUUUGAAGACAUUAAAUUCAGUGAACCUCACGAAAGGGAGAUUGAACCAUGUUCUGCAUAUAGUCCUGCUAGCCAUGCCUCCAAAAUUCAUACUGUGAGUCCUGAAGUUAAUGUGCUUAAUAAAGCCGGCAUUCGGGGACAUUCUAAUGCUUAUUAUAUUGAUCAGAAUGGUGACAUGGAAGAUGACGGGAGUGGCUGGGAGACUGUGAGUAAUCUAGAGGAUCAGAGUUCAAGUUAUUCACCAGACGGAAGCGACCCAUCAGUCAAGAAAACUGGCAGGUACAGUAAUUUGUCAGGAAGUAGAAUGGAAUGGGAAGAAAAUGUAGGUGAGGAGACACCAAUUACAGAAAUCAGUGAAGUCUGCUCGGUCCCAACAAUGCAAUUGAAGAAAGUAUCAUCCAUAUCUCGGCUUUGGAGAUCACGCCCAAGUAACGGUGACAACAUGACAAACUCAAUGGAGGGAAUGAAUGGAAGGCUCUCAAAUGGAAGGCUUUCUAACGGUGACAUAGUUUCUCCAGAUUGGGGGGGUUCAGGUGAAGGUGGACUUAGCCCCCCAGAUUUAAUGGAACAGUGGAGUUCACCUGACUUGCGAAAUCCUCACAUAACUCGAGGGAUGAAAGGGUGCAUUGAAUGGCCACGUAGCAUGCAGAAGAGCAGUUUGAAAGCAAAGCUUUUGGAGGCAAGGAUGGACAGUCAGAAGAUCCAGUUGCGCCAUGUUCUAAAGCAGAAGAUUUAGAUGAUGUAACUCCUUCUCUAUGGUGAACCUUGUUAGGGAAUUAACCGAUAAAAGUGAUUGUGCCCACUGAAACUGCUCAAAGGUCAUUACGCAAGACAUGCGAUUACUCUCUUGGAAUUUUUCUUUGCAAAGGUCAUGCUCUGGUAAGAGAUGACAUUACAACUUCCUCCAACCACUUUGGAAUGAUCUUAAGUGCACAGCUGGUUAUUGUCCGGUUUUGAUUCGCUGUAGUUUUUCUUUGUUAAGGUACCACAUCCUUCUUUGCAAAUUAUUCAGGAAGCGUAAUGUGCUAUAUAUUGUACUGUACCAUUUGGAAUCAGAGGACACAAUCAAGGAACAAAGCUGAAAUGUUGACAUUCUUUAUCUUGUAAUUUUGUUGUGAGACAUGUCUCCUUGAAAUUGAAUAUGGCAACAAUAUGUUUCUGCUCA